AUGUCGCUGCUCUACCUGCUGCAGGACUCCAUCGUCGGCAAGUCCAUCAGCGCCGCCGCCGAUGCCCUUGCGAACCCCCUCGUCCCCGGCGCCCUGCUGCUCCUCCUCAGCCGCGCGCCCGAGGCCACGCUCCAGCGUCUCCUCGAGCGGGCGUCGCUCCCGCCCGACCACGGCCUCGCGCUCGCCAAGUCGAUCCUCCGAGCGCUGCUCGCCGUCGGCACGGCGCGCCAUGUCAACGCCAAGCUCAGCUCCAUGGCCGCCAACUCGUGGCGACUAGGCGGCGCCCCCGGCUGGGACUGGCCGCGCGAGGUCGCCGUCGUGACCGGCGGCAGCAGCGGCAUCGGGCUCGCCAUCGUGCACAAGCUCGUCGCCGCCGGCGUCAAGGUGGCCGUCUUUGACGUGCAGCCCCUGCCGCCGCAGCUCCAGGCCGGCCCGCUCGUCCGCUACUACCGGUGCGACGUGACGUCGGCGUCGUCCAUCGCCGACGCGGCCACCGGCGUGCGCCGCGACCUCGGCCAGCCGACCAUCCUGGUCAACAACGCGGGCAUCGCCGUGCCCAAGACCGUGCUCGACAUCGACGAGAAGGCGCUCCAACGCAUCUUCGCCAUCAACACCAUGAGCCACUGGCUCACCGUGCAGCAGUUCCUGCCCAGCAUGCUCAAGGCCAACAAGGGCCACAUCGUCACCAUGGCCAGCGUCGCCUCCUUUGUCGGGCUCCCCGGCCACGCCGACUACGGCUCGACAAAGGCCUCGGCCCUCGCCUUCCACGAGGCCCUGCAGGCCGAGAUCAAGCACGUCUACCACGCGCCAAACGUCAUGACCACCAUUGUCCACCCCAACUUUGUCGCCACGCCCCUGCUCGACGGCUUCAAGGGCCACCUGGCCAGCUCGGGCGUCAGCUUCCUCACCCCCGAGCAGGUCGCCGAGGACACCGUCGCCCAGAUCUUUGCCCGCAAGGCCGGCCAGGUCGUCGUCCCCAAGGCGUCGGGCGCCGCGUCCGUCGUCCGCGGCCUCCCGCUGUGGCUGCAGGUCCUCAUUCACAACUUCAUGGGCGCCAAUGCGAAAAAGCUGACGGGCAGGUAG